UAAAGGUCGGUUCAAGACCAGCAACCGCCACGGCCACAUCCCGGGAGUGGACAGUGUGAAGCGUGUCGUCGUGGGUAAGGGUGCGGGAGCGGCACAGUACCCAAGCCUCAGCAGGGUCGUCGAGGCCAUCAUGCUGGAGCUGUGCCGCGUCCACAGCGGCGACGCCAAGACCAUCGCCGGGGCACGCCUCAACCGCUGGGGUGCCGUCAUGAGGGACUACAAGUUGAUCCAGGACAACGUGGUCAACUGUCCUGCCCUCAUGGCGAGCACCCGCAUCCAGCUGUACGACGUUAACCAGCGGACCCUGUCCAUGUGGCAAAACACCAGGGAAAAAAAAAUGAUGAGGGACACCCUCUCCCUCGCAGUCCCGGGGCCCAGCGCUCCCCAGACUGCAGCGGAGCCCCUGUCGGCCCCACGGACUCUUCUGCAGCAGCCCCAGCAGCCAGACCAGCCCCUCCAGCACCACCUGCCCGCGGAUGCCUCUGGUCUGGCUGCAACAAUCAGAGGGCCGCUGGCCCCGGAGCUCUACGACCUCGUGGUGAAGCAGCAGAGUGCCGCCGCCGCCACCGCCACCCCCCCCCCCCCCCCCGGACCUCAGCCCGCUCUCAGCCGCGGCCACCGCUCCAGCCAUUGCCGCUCCGGCCGUCGCCAUUGCUCCAGCCAUGUCCCCGCUCCACUGCCUGGAGGCGCUGUGGACAAGACCAGGGAGAACGGCCACAGCCGCUACAAGCGGGAGACCUUUUGCGCCCGGGCCGACGGGGGAACGGUGGAGCAGACACCCGGGUGCUGGAGGAGCAAAAGGGGAAGCCCCAAUGAUGGCCGGCCGGGGGACCCCUGCCCCACGUGCGCCCAACCCAGGACCCUGGACACGGGGCACGCGCUCUACAAGAGCAGCGUGUACUGCGAGUCGGAGGCGGGCCCUGUGGACCUCACUGCUCGUGAGUGGCUCAUCAGCCAACAGGCCCUGGAGGACGCCGGGAAGGUGCCCAGGACCACCCUGUGGAACAUCGCCCGCAGGAAGGAGGGGCAGGUCGGCGGCUCCUCUUCCCCUGGACGCAAACCGCACAAGCUGCGGAUCUGCCAGCGGUGCCUCCAGCCGGCGCAGAAAGACUUUGGCCACAGCCGGUUCGAGGGGGAGAGUUUCUGCUCCCUCUACGCCGGCAAAGGCGUAGACCUGUGGCUGGCCGAGAGGAGGGACCGCAAGAGGCGAAAGCCAAAGAGGAAGCAGAGGAAGCAGCGGGAGGAGAGGAGGGCGAAGGGCCCAGCGUCAGACCUUGGAGAGGAACACAGCCCUGGCAGAGUGUGA